AUGUCAUUCAACCUCCUUGAUAAUGCCGGAGUAGCACAAACUGCGCACAGGUAUGUGACGACACGUCCUGAGCAUAAGUGGUACGCGAUCACAGUGAACGACGACCAUCUAAGGGAUGGUGAAACACACUCAGUGGGACAAGGAACUUCGUACUUUAGCCUAGAACUUCGGAAUAUCGCCAAUAAUGUCAGGCCCCCGAAGGAACAUGAGGAUACUCGUAUCUUGCAAAGCUUGAAAUGCACGAUUCGUCAAAUUGAUAGCCCAAACCCGGCCCAAACCUUGGACCUUCAAGUUACGUUUGGCGACAGACUGGGUUCCGUGCCAGUCGAAUUCAACAAGUUGGGGGGUACCUAUGAAGUAAAUUUGACUGGUCGUACAUUCAAGGUGAAAGUGGAAACCUCGAUACAAAGCCCUGCGUCGGCUGUGAUCGCAACCUCUAGGCGGCCCAUGCCGACCAGAUGA